AUGUGCUGUGGCAGAAAGGAUCCCACAUCCAAGUUAUCCGCGAUCCCUCCAAGCUUGCGCACGCCAAACAUAAGCUCGUACACGGAGGACCAGGAGCUUCGGCAAGACCGGAUUAUUCACAACAUGGGCUGUGCCAAUAUGGGCUUGUCCGAAGAGAAGCAGAGAGCCAUGGCGGAAACCUUCCAUGAUGGGAUCCGGACGGCCAAGGAUCGCGACGAGUGUCAAUCACAGAUCGAUACUCACCCUCAUGUUUGA